AAAUUAAAAUAUAAGUUUUAAAGAAUAAGCCGAUCCAGCUUUUACUUUUUUUGACAAGAAUUUGUUUCGGAAAUCAUGAGAUACAUAAAGGAGUAUAUCUUUCUUCACGUCAUCAUGAUGAUACAAGCUGAACCCGUAAAAAUUCUGGUUUUAAAAGAAUAUGACGUGACUUACUGGCCUUCACUUGACAAUAGUUUGAUCGAAGAAAAAGAAAUUAUAGUUGACCCAGAGGACACAAACACCACAAGAAUAAACGUGUGUGAGAUUCUUAACGAAGGUGUUUGGGCCGUAGUGGAUUUGACAUGGUCUGGAUUUGAAGAGUUGAAAUCAAUUUGCGAACCUUCCGGAGUGGGUUAUGUUAAAAUUGAAAACGGCCUUACUCCUUAUUUAAGAGCUAUCGACAACAUUUUGACUGAAGUUAGGAAAGCCGAGGAAGUGACUUUUAUAUUCGAAACGGAAUCGGAAAUCGAUCAGAUUUUGAGUUAUUUGGUAAUGGAAUCGAAUCUAAGAGUCGCCUUGUUUUCCGGUUUGAACACGACGACUGCGAACCAGAUGAAGAAAAUGCGACCGACUCCUCCUUUCAACGUUAUCGUCGGCGAGACGAAAUUCAUCAAAGCUUCGCUGGAAAAGGCGCAUAAAUUCCAACUGGUCAGACGUGACAACACUUGGAUACUGGUAUUCACUGAUUUCAAAUAUGGAGAAAUGGAACGAGACUUUUACGAGAAAGAUACGGACGUCUUGACUUGGAACCCUACUGCCUGCUGUACUGGAUCGGAAAAAAAUUGUGAAUGCCCGUUGGAAAUGGAUUUUUCAGAUGAGUUUCUAGGGCAAGUUAAGAUUGCAUUGGAAACAGCAGUGUCAAAAUCGCUAAGCCAAGGUGUGCUUGAGAGGGCAAUUUCGAUAAAUUGUGAUGCAAGUAAUGACAAUAUUAACAGCACUUCUGUUUUUUCUAACCAGUUGCUCAAAGCAGCGCAUGAGCACUGGGCUCUUUUUUACGACGCUGAAAAUAGCAUAUUAACACCAAACCUCAAUUUGAAUUUCCAAACUGAAUCUAAAAAAGGAAAUUUAAACCUUGCCUCCUGGUCUAGAUCAACUGGGCUGAUCAAAGAGAAACAUAUCAAACCUGUUAAACGAUUUUUCAGGAUCGGCACUGGAUAUAGCAUCCCAUUUGCUUAUCCAGCUUUUAACGACAAGAAUGAAAAAAUAAUAGGUCCAGACGGAAAUCAAGUUUGGGAAGGGUACUGCAUCGAUUUGAUCGAAAGGCUGGCUAAAGAUAUGAAUUUUGAUUUUGAGUUAGUCACCAGUUACGAUUUUGGAGAAAAGAAAAUGGACGGCUCUUGGACAGGCUUGAUUGGCGAACUGCAAAGAGGACAAAUAGAUAUAAUUGUUGGAACUAUUAUCAUGACCUCAGAAAGGGAAGAAGUCAUUGACUUCGUAGCACCAUAUUUUGAACAAACUGGCCUUUCAAUAAUGAUUAGAAAGCCAUUGAGAAAAACAUCGCUUUUUAAAUUCAUGACUGUUCUGAGGGUUGAGGUUUGGUUUAGCAUACUGGGAGCCCUUUGUCUGACUGCUGUAAUGAUAUGGUUCCUUGAUAAAUACUCGCCAUAUAGUGCACGCAACAAUAAGGAAAAAUAUCCAUACCCAUGUCGAAUUUUUUCGUUGAGGGAGAGCUUCUGGUUUGCCAUAACUUCAUUCACCCCCCAGGGUGGCGGAGAGGCACCGAAAGCAUUAUCAGCCAGGACUUUAGUCGCCGCCUAUUGGCUCUUUGUUGUUCUCAUGCUGGCAACAUUCACUGCCAAUUUGGCCGCAUUUUUAACAGUAGAAAGAAUGCAAUCACCAGUACAAUCUUUGAAGCAGUUAUCAAAGCAGUCAAGAAUUAAUUAUACUGUUGUGACAGACUCAGAAGCACACGCAUAUUUCAGGAAUAUGAAAAAUGCUGAGGAAACACUUUACAAUGUUUGGAAAGAAAUUACUCUCAACAGAUCUGUGGACCAGUCUAAAUAUAGGGUGUGGGAUUAUCCGAUAAAGGAACAGUACGGUCGUAUUUUAAUUGCAAUUGAAAAGACAGGCACAGUGGCCUCAAUGGAAGAAGGGUUUAACAAGGUCAAGGAAAAUGAAAACGCCGAAUUUGCCCUGAUACACGAUGCAUUGCGAAUUAAAUAUGAAGUAUACUCUGAUUGCAAUUUGACUGAAAUUGGAGAACCUUUUGCAGAGCAGCCUUAUGCAAUUGCUGUCCAACAAGGAAGUCAUUUAAAUGAAGAAAUAAGCAGAAGGAUAAUAGAUCUUCAACGAGACAGAUACUUUGAGUCUUUGUCCGCUAAGUAUUGGAAUACUACAAAGAAAGGGAAGUGUGACAGUUCUGAUGAGGAUGAAGGCAUCACAUUAGAAAGUUUAGGUGGAGUUUUCAUUGCAACUCUUUUUGGACUUUUCUUGGCAAUGUUAACCCUAGCUGCUGAAGUUUACUAUCAGAAGAAGAAGACAAAAGGCAAAAUUGCUGACAAGGGAGACUUUAAAAGGACGAUGUUCCGUGAUGAAAAUUUCGCAAAGAAAGAGUUCAACAAUACAUUCAAAAAACGAUCCAAUCUAGUCAAUUCCAAAUCAAAAGUCAAUUUCAUAAAAGUCUAUCCACGUGAUCAAUUAUUUUGAAAAUUACGCCCACAUCACAGCACAUGCCAUAUAAGUUAGAAAUGUUAAUAGUAGAAAUAGAAGAACCAAAA